CUGCGACAUGCCUGAUAAGAGACGAGAUGGGCCAGGGCGACGAGAGCGACCGCAUUGUGAUCAACGUGGGAGGGACUAGGCACCAGACUUACCGCAGCACCCUGCGCACCCUGCCCGGCACGCGGCUGGCCUGGAUCGCCGAGCCCGAUGCCCACAGCCACUUCGACUAUGACCCCCGCACGGAUGAGUUUUUCUUUGACCGGCACCCGGGCGUCUUCGCCCACAUCCUGAAUUACUACCGCACCGGCAAGCUGCACUGCCCCGCCGACGUGUGCGGGCCCCUGUACGAGGAGGAGCUGGCCUUCUGGGGCAUCGAUGAGACCGAUGUGGAGCCCUGCUGCUGGAUGACCUACCGGCAGCACCGUGACGCCGAAGAGGCUCUGGACAGCUUUGGUGGGGCGCCCCUGGAUAGCAGCGCCGAGGAUGGAGACAUAGAUGGCACCGGAGACUCUGGCGAUGGCGAAGAGGAGCUGGAGAUGACAAAACGCCUCGCGCUCAGUGACUCACCGGAUGGCAGGUCUGGGGGCUUCUGGAGACGGUGGCAGCCCCGCAUCUGGGCGCUCUUUGAGGACCCCUACUCCUCCAGAUAUGCAAGGUAUGUGGCAUUUGCCUCCCUCUUCUUCAUUCUGGUCUCCAUCACCACCUUCUGCCUCGAGACCCACGAGAGAUUUAACCCCAUUGUGAACAAGACAGAAACUGAAUUCAUCGGGAAUGACACCCAGGUGCGGCACUACAGGGAAGCAGAGACUGAAGCCUUCCUCACCUACAUCGAAGGUGUCUGUGUGGUCUGGUUUACAUUUGAGUUCUUGAUGAGAGUCACUUUCUGCCCAAACAAGGUGGAAUUUAUCAAAAACUCCUUGAACAUCAUUGACUUUGUGGCCAUACUGCCUUUCUAUCUAGAGGUUGGACUCAGUGGCCUGUCUUCCAAAGCUGCUAAGGAUGUCCUGGGCUUCCUCCGCGUAGUCCGUUUUGUGCGAAUCCUGCGAAUUUUCAAGCUGACCCGCCACUUUGUUGGGUUACGGGUCUUGGGACACACCCUCCGUGCCAGCACAAACGAAUUCUUGCUGCUCAUCAUAUUUUUGGCAUUGGGCGUCUUAAUCUUUGCCACGAUGAUCUAUUAUGCCGAGAGAAUAGGUGCUAAACCAAAUGACCCUAGUGCCAGUGAACACACACACUUUAAAAACAUCCCCAUCGGCUUCUGGUGGGCUGUUGUCACCAUGACGACCCUGGGCUAUGGAGACAUGUAUCCUCAGACUUGGUCAGGCAUGCUGGUGGGGGCCCUCUGCGCUCUUGCCGGCGUGCUGACCAUUGCCAUGCCUGUCCCUGUCAUUGUGAACAAUUUCGGAAUGUAUUACUCCUUAGCUAUGGCUAAGCAGAAGCUACCAAAGAAAAAAAAGAAGCAUAUCCCGAGGCCACCCCAGCUGGGAUCCCCCAAUUAUUGUAAAUCUGUCGUAAACUCUCCACACCACAGUACUCAGAGCGACACUUGCCCACUGGCCCAAGAAGAAAUUUUAGAAAUUAACAGAGCAGAUUCGAAACUGAAUGGUGAGGUGGCCAAGGCGGCGCUGGCAAACGAAGACUGUCCCCACAUAGACCAGGCUAUUACGCCUGAUGAGGGCCUGCCCUUUACCCGCUCUGGCACUCGGGAGAGAUAUGGACCCUGCUUCCUCUUAUCAACCGGGGAAUAUCCCUGCCCGCCUGAUGGAGGAAUAAGAAAGGGUUACGAAAUGUCACGGAGCCUUAACAGCAUAGCUGGCAUAAGUGGAAAAGCGAUAGGAUUAUCCUCAGUGUCUGCGCCCUACAGCUCUCCUAGUCCAGUGAGACGUUCUUGGUCUCCCAUCCCAUCUAUUUUGUAGCAUGGAUCAGUAGCAGAGAAUGGUCUAAAAAGCUUUAUUUUCAAUUAGCCUAUGCUAUGUUGCAUAUAACCCAGGUGACUAAGUCUGAAGAUGCAAUGUCUCACAGUAGCACCUGCUGGGAAUGGUGUUACUACUGAUGCUAGGUGACAACACUCUUAAAUUGCACUCAGAUGACAAUAGGCAGGCCAUUCACGUGGUACUGGUGGGCCAUAAUGUGCUGCAUGGUAUCAGUACAUAGGAUGAAGGGUAGAUGCACCAGAUAGCUUCCUUCCUGGUGCAUCGUGCUAGUCUAUGCUUAUUGUGGCUAAUGGCGGAUCUACUGGCUCGGUAUGGAAUGGGUUAGGCAUAUAGUCGAUGCUGAAACAUGCCAACGAUGGAAGAUUUUGCUUUUCUCAGGAUAUUUUUGAGCCAUAGGAACCCUGCAGGAGUUUGAGCAAACAAGCACAGUAGGAUGAAACUUUGCAUGGGCGCCUAUCUUAAGCUGAAAGCAAUACUCAGACACACUAGAGAGAGGUCUCAGUCUGGCUGACUGCAUGGAAAAAAAAACCCUGUUGAAGAAGAAUAUGGCUGCCUCUGCAUGUAGCUAUUUCACCUUUUCCUCCUUCCUUUAAAACUAAGAUGCCGAGCUUGAUGUGAAAAGCACAGGAAAGAAGCUCAAGUACUGAUUGUAUUCUUUACAUGCAGAUCUUUGCAAAGAAAGUCCAGUCAUUGCUAAAUAUAUGCCAACAGAGGCAGUCAGAGUGACCUGACAAGGCAAGAUGGAGAUGAACAUUGAUGGCUAAUAAGCAUCUGUGUGGAACUGUGCAGGCAUAGAAGACCUUCUCAUUUGGACAAAGUUAACUCGCUCCAUGCAGGUUUUAUGGAUGAUUCUUCGUGGUUCUGGAGUUGUACUAGAGAUGCAGGCUUUUUCUACGGCCAAAACGUAACAAAACUGUAGAAGAUCUCUCUUUUUUUUUUUUUUUUUUUCCUUUUUUUUUUUUUUUUUUUUUUUUUUUUUUUUUUUUUUUGUUCCAUAGCAUGAAUUGCAUGAAGACAAAAAUUAAAAAAAAAAAAAUUAAAAAAAAAUAAAAAAAGCAAGAAACACUGCAAAUGUAUGAUUAACUUUAAGGAGGAAAAAAAAAAAAAAAAAAGCAAAGUUAUAUAUUUUCUUUCAAAGCUCUUUACUUUUACAUACAUUGUUGUAGCCAAAUGUAAAACAUAAAACUGUACAUUUCUUUGCUAUGGAUCGCUUCUUUUUGUAUACAAGAUACAGAGUAAUGGUUUUAAAAAGUGCAAUCAGGCAGUCAUCGGUCAUAUUGACCACGCCUUCACUGAUCAUCACACCGACAUGGGAAUCAAGAACUUUUAAUCCAACUAGACGUGUAUAAAAAUAAGAAACUAUUUUCUGUCUUGUUUUUGUUGGCAUGCUUGUGACACAUGGGACCUUCCUUCGGACCUGACAGUAACAGCUGGUCUAGAUUUAAUUUUCCAGCUCUGGUUAUGUUGUAUUUUAUUGAUGUAUAGAUCCAACGUAAAGACCCUUCAUAAAUUGUUCAUAUUAAGUAAUCAGUAUGAAUUUUUAAAAAAGAAAAAGGUGUUAUUUUAAAACUGGGACUUAUAGUACAAAAAUCAGGAAAAUACUCAAGUAUAAAUUGUCUCAAAGUUUAAGAAACAAGACAACAGCAUUGUAUGCAAUUUAGUACUGAGUAAAAAUGCAUGCACAAUGUUAUGCAAAACAAUUCUAGCAUGAAAUAAAUUUUGUAUCAUGGUUUCAGUGCCUGCUGUAUAGUGUAAAAGGGAAUCCUUUUCAGAAGCGAUCAGGGGUUUCCAGAGACUUGCUUCUAAAACCUUGAAUAAAUACAGUGUUCUCAACAGAACUGUAGGAGAAAAGCUUGGUAUUGCUCUGGUUCUAAAAUGCUAACUUGGGUUAGUAGAUAAUAAAUGAAGCCUGCAAACACUUGAUACAACCAGUGUCUGAAGAAUUCACAUCAUUAGUAAUUUUAAGAGGAAAGAUUAAAAAUCUCUAUAAUUAUCUAGGUAUCUUCCUUUUCCCUCCCCAAGAAUAAUAAAAGUUUGUCUUUUUAGCUGA